AUAAAAUAAAAUGAAAUUGAGUUUCUAAAGUAAUAAUGAAUUAGAAAGCAUCGACUUGCCGACUUGUCUCUCAAGAUAUCUCGACUCAUUUUUCCAAUAGAAAUCAAAGAAACACGAGACUCCCUCGAUCUUCCCUGCUCCACGGCUCUCUCAUCACAACUCUCUCCCAAGAUUACAAAGAUUUGUAGAUCACUUUGAGCUUUGUGAUGGCAACUGAACUGAAAGCAGCUUCUGAGGAAGUGAAAGUUGACCUAUUUGAGGAUGAUGAUGAGUUUGAGGAGUUUGAGAUUAAUGAAGAGUGGGAAGUGAAGGAAGGCAAAGAAAUCACUCAGCAAUGGGAAGAUGACUGGGAUGAUGAUGAUGUUAAUGAUGACUUCUCGUUGCAGCUGAAGAGAGAAUUGGAGAACAAUGCUGAGAAAAAAUGAAGAGAAUCUAGGCACUUUCCUUUUAUCUGUCAACAUCUAUGUUUAAUUUGCACUCUUUGACCUUCAAAGACGGUUUUAUUAUGCCUUCUAUCACUCAAAUAGUGUCAUUAAAAUAGGCAUAUUGAAUACCUAUAGCCUCAUUGUACGGCGACUAGAGAUUAAUUACGUUAUAACAUGGUAGUCACCUAUUCAUAAUUUGAAGUUUUACUAAUUUUUUGAA